GUAGAAUGGUUCCUUCCAAAGAUGGCGGCGGCAGCAACAGUAUAAACAACGUGCUGAGCAGUAGGCAUUUAGGAGAGUUGUGAGAUAAUUACCUGUUUCUAGAUUACAUUUAAUUUUCAUCGUUCACCAGGCACCCGUGCUUUGGUUGUAGGGCCUCUUUGAAACAAACCUCGGAAAAAACAUCGUCAAAGUUCAGGGCUGACAUGCCUUACAGAAAGAAGAAAAGUUUUAUUGAAAAGAAGAAGGCGGUGACCUUUCACCUGGUCCACAGGAGUCAGAGAGACCCCCUGGCUGCAGAUGAGAACGCUCCGCAGCAUGUCCUUCUGCCUGCCACCAAAGUGGAGGCAGAGAAACGUCGUGAGGAGCAGAGGGACUUUGGCGUUUUCUUUGAUGACGACUAUAACUACCUGCAGCAUCUGAAGGAGGCAUCAGCACCAUCAGAGCUUGUUGUGUCUGGAGCCGGUAGACGGUCUGUGAACUUCCUGGACCAGGAUGGAGACAAGAAGCAGGAGGCUGAAGAGAGCAGAGACAUUCCUCAGGAAUCGUCCAUUAGCCUGCCGUCGUCAGUGUUCGCAUCAGAGUUUGAAGAGGAAGUGGGUCUUCUGAACAAAGCUGCUCCAAUCUCAGGACCCCGUCUGGACUUUGACCCAGACAUCGUGGCUGCUCUGGACGAAGACUUUGACUACGAUGACCCCAACAACGUCCUGGACGAUGACUUCAUCAUCAAGGCCAACGCAGCAGUGUCAAAAGCAAACAGUCAGGACAAAGAUGAGUAUGAUGAUGAUGAUGAUGAUGAUGAGUGAGAGGACACCGAUGAGGAGGGUAAUGUUGACUCAGAGGGAGCUCUGUCAGGUGAGGAGGACGUCCGGGGCGAGGAGUUUUUGUUCUCAGACGAGGAGACGAAGAGUCGCUUCACAGAAUACUCCAUGACGUCAUCAGUGAUGCGGAGGAAUGAGCAGCUCAGUCUGCUAGACGAUCGAUUCGAGAAGUUUUAUGAACAGUUUGACGACGAUGAGAUCGGUGCUCUGGACAACGCAGAGCUGGAGGGAUUUAUCCAGCCGGACAGCGCUCGUCUGGAGGAGGUCAUCAAAGACUACUUCAUACAGAAGGAGAAAGAUUUUCUGAGGCCUGAAGACCUGGGUCCAAAAGAACUUCCUGUGGUGAGGGAAGAAGAUGAAGAUGAGGAAGAGGAGGAGAUGGAGACGGUUGUCGUGGAGGCUCCAGAGGAGAAGUGGGACUGUGAAACCAUCAUCAGCACAUACUCUAACAUCUACAACAGACCCAAAGUGAUCAAAGAUCCACCAAAGCCAAAGCAGAUCCACGUGUCCAGCAAGACGGGCAUCCCUCUAGACGUCCUUCCCAGCAGAGGCCCCACGGCGAAACAGGUGGAGCGAAUGACGAGGAUCAAUGAUGUCGAUCUGCCCCGUGUCUGCACCCUGCCUCGACACAAAGACGAGAGCAGUGACGAGAGGAGAGCUAGGAAACAGGCCAUCAAAGAGGAGCGCAAGGAGCGACGCGCGGAGAAGAAGGCCAACAGGACGGCCUUCAAGGAGGAGAAAGUGCGACAGGAGAAGCAGCUGCUUAACGUCAGGGCCAACCUGCAGGGGCUGAAGCUCUAGCAGACCACAGGGGGGCGCUCCACACCCCACACUCAGACUCUGAUGUCAGCAGAGGACAGGCAGGCCACACCCCCCACAGUGGCCUUCUUCUUGCAGAAGGAGCAAAGGUGACUUCUCACUGCUCACCACCCUUUGCCCCAUGGAAAAACACACUUUCUAGAACUUGUAAAUGUAAAUUCCCUUUUCAUAGAAGCCAACAUAAUGAUCAAGUGUACGGAGGUAACAAAUAAUUAAAAAAAAUAUAUACAAUAAUGCCAUGAUUUGUAUGUAAUAAAACUAGUCUGACAGAGGUGAUGGUGACAAAAAUAUCUCCAGCCUGUUUAGCAGGACUUAUUGCUUUAGUGUGUGGGAGUGCCAGCUCCAGAUUUCAUUUACUUCCUUCUGUAAAUCUGUGUACAGUAAUAAUAAAGGGACAGUUGGGGAUUUUCACCA